GUCUCGUUCUGCGGGAAAGUUGCAAGGUCCGAUAAAAGUUCACCUGGGUACACACGAUGGAAAAGCCACUCCCCUGGGGCUACCGAUGGCGCUCGUCGCGCACCUUUAUCAUUUUCACCGUCACGGUCGCCUUAUUUGCCGAGACCUUUCUUUAUGGCUUCCUCGUCCCCAUCUUGAGCUACAUGAUCGAAGUGCGGUUGCGGAUCGACCCGUCCGAGACCCAGCGCUACAUGACCACACUCUUGUCUCUGCAUGGGUUUCUGGGCAUCGUCGCCGCCCCGAUCAUCGCCCACUUCGCCGACCAAACCCCGAAUCGCAAGAUCCCCCUGCUCGUGGCGCUGGCCGGCUGUUUUGUGGGCACGGGGCUGGUCGCUUCCACUUACUCUGUGGCCGCCCUGUUCGUGGGACGCGUGAUGCAGGCGAUCGCCGGAUGCGCCGCGUGGGUGGUUGGCCACGCGAUGCUGACCGACCACAUCGACGCGGAUAAUCUGGGGAAAGCGCUGGGGCUCGCCAUGACGGUUGUCACCGCGGGAAUCAUCUCCGGCCCGACGGUGGCGGGGGCGAUGCUGGAACUGUUCGGAUACUGGUCGGCCUGGUCGGUGCCGCUGAUCGUGUUGGCGGUCGAUAUUGUCGCCCGGUUGAUCAUGUUGGAACCGGGCGAUCGAUCCGUCCCGAAAAAUGAUGAAACCACGGGGCUCUUGCAGUCGACGGACAGCCCCGACGCGACUCCCGAGGCUGCGACCAACGGGGACAGUGGCACGUCGCGGCGUCAUUUCUACCAGAUCAUGCUGAGCGACCCGCGGGUCGUGGCGGGACUCGCUAACACCUUGUUGAUGUCCUCGAUCUUCUCCGGGUUCGAAGCCACGCUGCCGCUGCACCUGCGGGCGGUCUUCCACUGGGGCAGCUUAGCCACGGGGUUGAUGUUUUUCUGUCUCCAGAUCCCCUCGUUCUUCCUCUCCGCGGCCACGGGCUGGAUGCGCGACCGACAGGGUCUGCGCACUCCGACCGCGCUGGGCUGGUUCGUGCUGGCCCCCCUGCUGUGGCUGCUGGGGGUGCCCGGCGACGACCACUUCCCCUGGGCCGGCGCCGACACCCACGGCCCCGCCCUGUUCACCACCACCAUGUUUGGCUUCGGGCUGGUCUCCAUGUUGGUGCGCGGGGCGGGCAGUCUGCAGGUGACCUGGGUCGUCAAGGAGAAACAGCGCCAGAACCCGCAGAUUUUCGGACCGCAUGGCGGCAGCUCGCGCAGCUUCUCGAUGGUGGAGAUGGCGUUUGGGACGGGGUCGAUGCUGGGGCCGUUGGUGGCCGGUUCGUUGUCCGAGACGGUGGGCUAUUAUGCCACGACCUCAUUCUUUGCAUUCCUCUGCCUCGUGCUUGCGGGGGUGACGUACAAGUACUACGACACCAAACCCGCGAGACCUGUCAAUUCUGUGCCCCCUGCCUCACCGGAGGAGGCUUGACAAUUUGAUAUGUUGAUGGGUGUGGUGAGAGCAAUGAAAUACCUAGAGGAUGAGCGAUGGAUCGGGAAAAGUUUUUGAUCUUGGG